GAUAACACAAUAACAUGUUACUUAUUAAUUAGUGUUUUCGAGCGCAUUAUACGUAUCCCAUUUUCCACUUUUCUUAUACAAACACGAUCAUUGUUUCAAUAUUUUAUUUUAUGGGAGCUUAUGGCUUUAUAUAACCUCUCAGUUGUAUACAACUCUAUCUUCACUUUUCACAACACAUCACACUUCCAGCAAAAAUAAUAUCUCUCUCAUAUUUCAGAAGGAAAAAAAAAACAUACAUGACAACAUACGGCACAAAUCCAACGUCAGCUAACGACCUAGCACCAAAACUCGAGUACAUCACACGAGCCAAUGACCAACAGAACGUAAGACCCGGCCUCGCCACACGCCGUUCAUGGAAACAAAUGCUCGACCUCCACUCUUUCAACUUUCCGCGCAAAAUAGCCACCGUGAUCACCAGAAUCAAAGCGAACACCGUCUACUUCCAGACAAACUACACCAUCGUUGUCCUCUUCUCCGUGUUCCUCAGUCUGGUCUGGAAUCCCUUGUCACUCCUAAUCCUACUCGCUAUAAUCGGCGCGUGGCUCUUCCUCUACUUCCUCCGUGAUGAACCACUCACUGUAUUCGACCGCGAGAUCGACCACCGUGUCGUUCUUAUGGCCAUGUCUGUUCUCACUCUCUCGAUACUUUUCUUAACCGACGCAAAGCUCAAUAUUGCAGUGGCCAUCGUGGCAGGCGUGGCGGUUGUAUUGUCCCACGCAGCUGUUAGGAAAACAGAAGAUAUGUACCAAAACGAAGAUGAAACCAGUCGUUUACUUCCCUAAGUAUAAAAUGAUCUUCAUUUGCUAGAAUAUUUGACAUUAUGAGUAUGAUGUGUUGUUGCGUUUAGGCUUUUCAAAUCUCUUAUAACUAAAAUGUUGUAGCUACCAUUGUUUAUUAAGGUUUAUGUUUGUUUGUUUUUUAUAUUCUAUGUUAUAGCUUAUUAGUAUU